AUGGAGUUCGUGAUUGGGGAUGAAACCGGACUAUGCAAGGAACUAUCUUGGCUCUCCAACGAGACACGUCGCACUCGCAUCAUCAAAAAAGCAAAGCAGAGCCGUUCUCUGGGCGUCACAACAUUAUGCUGGUCAGGGACUCCAAGCGGCAAUGAGGUGUCAGAGAUUGCAGUUGGGCGUACGUGUGGCUCCGUUGAAGCGUUUGCCACAUCUGAUGUUGUAUGUGAGGCUGCAGUGCCUGCCACAGCGAGCUUGGGGGAAAGCACUCUGGAUGAGCCUUUGCGGUCAUUCCAGCUGCCGUCAGCGCCUGUACACAUUUCAAUGAUAAGCCCAGAGGCGGUGCGCGCCCAUACACGGUCGCUUUUGUGCAAAUCAUGGUUAGGAAGUGGUGUAACAGCUGGCGAAGCUUCUCUGCGGACUGCGUUGCUUUCAGCAGCAACAGGUGAUGCAGCUAGUGCUGCAGGUGACCCAUCCUGCAGCAGUAGUUCAAGACUCUUGCUUGCCGUAGGCGAGGAAGGUCACGCCUGCGUAGUGGAGUGGGAGGGAAUUUAUAACGUGCGUCUUGUUGAGAAGCCAAAUGAGUCAGCGCAACAAUGCGCACCAGAACAUGAGGUCGUCGAUAGGGAGGAAAUGGAAGUCGGCGUAAAGUUUCUUCCGAUCGGGAAAAAAACCAACGAUGGCGCUUCUCCUGUGCAAGAGGCAAUAGUGGACACUCCUUCUUGGUGCAGGGCUGCGUAUAAGCUUCCAGGUCCAAUUGCGGCGGCCAGCACUAAUCCUUUGUGUCACAGUCUGUUGGCUUUUGGGGGGAGGGAGAAUGAUGCGAAAGUUGUGGAUUUAGACUAUGGAAAGCUUUUGUGGUCGGCAAAAAACGUGAAGGCCAGUUUUCUUGGCCUUCGGUGCCAGGUGGCGAUUACUCAAAUUGAUUGGCUGCUGCCGAUUCACCCCAUGGUAAUAGCUGUGGGAACUGCGAAAGGCGCACUGCGUUUCUAUGAUUUGCGAUGCCAGCGCAGGCCAGUGCUAGAGGUGUGUGAAGCCACACAGGAAAGAAGGCCUGUGACAGCCCUGUGUGUCCGCCCGACAGCUGAGGUACUGCAAACUAAGACACACAUGAGGGUCGCUUUAGCAAGAGCUGCAGAGUCUUCAGCGGUUUCUGUUUGCCGCGAUGUUGCGAUGGAAGGUUUGUCAUCAAAAGGUUUUGACAAAGACGGUCAAUUUUCUAAAUGUAAGGGGCCUCCUGAAGACCAGAAAGGCCCCAGUUGCGAUGCCACCACAGCAGCUGAUACAGCACAAGAAGUGCUCUCACGUUGUAGUGGCAAGGACACCGCCACCGUAUACUACGCAGACUCAUAUGGGAUGAUCUACGGCAUAAGGGUGCAGGGUGGCUCAGCCUUGCUGCGUCUUGCUGACAAAACGCUUCCUAAGUAUAAUCCAUCGUCGUAUCGGUCUCUCAGUGAUCAGCCUCACGCAUAUCACUCUGCCGAAGUAAAGCGGAAGCUCAUUUCUGCAAUGUUGGAUAAACAAAGAGGAAAGCUGACCUCUAGGAAAAAUGAUCAUCCAGUUUCAGCCGCUGCUUGCAGCGACUUGCAACUUGCCGCAGUUUCAGUGGGAGGAUACAAAGAAGCUAUGGGGGCUAUUGUCGGCUUAGGACUGGAUCCAGCUGGGGAGUUUCUUGUGGCUGUGGGCUUGGGGCGCUAUGCAUACGUUUUUGAUGCAAAGUCCCGGAAGCUACGCGAAAAGGUUUUUCUGAAGCAAAAGCUUACCUGUCUUUUGUCUGGAGGCGGAGUAGGGGCUGGAGGAGUCAAGCGCUGUACGGCUACGAAAGGCAGUACACACACAAAACAGGAAAGUGGCAGCAGCUCAGAUCUCAACAGUUCCGGUGAGGAGCAAGGCAGCGAAUGUGAUAGCUCCCUUGCUUCUGAAGCGGCAACUGAUGAUGAGACAGAAAGUAGCCGACGCCCUGUUGAAGCUGCGGGUGAGCCCUGCGUGCUCUCAACAAGCUCAGAUGAUGAACAGUUGAGGUGCACGGCCUCAGGUUCUCAAGUGCACAGGCGCACACAACGUAGCAUGCCGAAAAAGCGAAAGCGCUCUACUCAUGAAGGGGGCGCUGCACGUUGA